CACUUGUCCCUCUUUUUUUCAACACGUCAAAAGUCGCGAUUUCUUUUCGGCGGUAAUACAAAAUCUGGUUUAAGAAAUCUCUCAUUAAGUAAUGAUCUUUUAACAGCAAAUGUUGCCUUUUCCAAAUUAACGUCUAUGCAAAAUUAAUGAUGAAAAAGAGGUGAGCGUUUUAUACAUGUAAGAAACACAUACGUCAGAAUAAUAAAGGUAAAAAUCUACUAUUCCGCAAAUUCUCUCUUAAAUAGGAAAGUUUUAAUCGAAAAGAAUUCUGAACAUAAAGAAUUAAUUGACCAUCCAAGCGUGGCGAGUUUGAAAUCUACUAGUACAAAUCAUCAAGGACGCUCGCGAUCUAUCGAAUGAUGUUACCGGACGAGAUGCAGCCUCCGAAAACUGGAUUCAAUUCUCGCAACAGAUUAAAAAAAGCACGUUCGACUUCCUCGUCAAGACUAAAAAAUUUCCCUGCUGAGGAGAUUAAGAAACUACACAACCCGCCAAUGUUCUCACCUGAGCCAAUCGCCUCUUUAAUUGUACAGCAAGAUCCUAGAGAAAACGGAACUUUUUAUACAAAUGGCUCUGUCAAAAAUAAUAACGCGCAUGGUGACGCAAUUUCUAUUCAACCGUCGCCGCAUUGUCAACAAUUAAAACCGCAAAAUGUAUCUAGGAUAGGAAGUCAGCAACAGGUUGUCGCAAACCAUCAGAUUUGUCAAACGAAUCCACACUCUGAAAGCCUGCUAACUCGACAAAUCGCAUCACCCGAAAGACAGGCGCAUCGUCCAUUCGUACCAAAUACUCUCCAAGGAGCAGUUGUCUACGAUCGAUCACCUCAAAGCUCGACUGCUAUAAUUAAUCAGCCAGUAAUUACACAAAUCCCUUCGACACAAAUUACCAUGCCGCAAACUCAAGAAUCCUCAAGCAAUUCGCGCGCGAUUAUCAACCAAAAUCCCCAUGAACUUUCCGUGAUUAACAGCCAGUGUCAGAAGCAAUCGGUCAAUGACCAAAAUGUAUCCAAUCAUAGACAAAUGUUUAUGCCAAUACAGCAACAAAAGCAAGCAACAAUUGGGCAAAAUGCUAGUGUACCGCUGAACGAUCGGGCCGCGGGUAAUUGUCAAAAUGCCUAUCACACACAAUUUCAUGGUCCACUUCAACAGAAUCUACACCAGAUCAAUCAGCAGACUCAGCACAGCGCGUACCGUCAACAAAUGUUGCCGCAAACGUUCAAUCAGCUGCAAUCAAUAUCAAAUCAGCAGCCACAUGUACACAAUAAUUUACAAACGCACUGCAGUCAUUACAAUCAACAGUCGCCUGUCGUGCAAGUCACCGGACACGGAAUGACUUCUCCGCAAGAUAUGACGGUAAAUCAGAUGAGAUCAAUGUACAACUUACCUACCUGUCAACACAAUCUCGCGUACCCUGUUAACUUUCAACCUACGUGGCCACAAAACGGGAGAUGGAUGCAAAUAACAAAUCAAAAUCAGCAACAUUUGCAUCAACAGCUGCCGCCACAGUGGCAGUAUUAUUAUCAGACGCGUGAUGCAAACUUCAAUCAGCAAAACUUUGGAAAUCAAGAGCAAUCUAAUCCAUCGCAGAAUCAGGCUAGCAAUAAACUUACUGGUCGAUCAGUCGUGGAAACUCAUACUCAACAGCAGGAAAAAAAGGAGCUGCAUUUUACAUCUGACAUGAUUCGCGAUCAGGAAUUGCUGGUUUCUACGAUGCGACAACAGGGUGUACCCGAGGAGGUAAUGCUCCGUCAGUUCAACGCGUUGCUGAACGAGCAGAAAAGGCAUCUGGCUUACAUUACGCAGUUUCAACGACAAGAAGAUAUUCCGGAAGAUGUGAGGAAGAUCCGUCUCGCGCGAAGACGAACAGAGAAGGACGAGAAACCGGAGUGGAUGGUGCACAUUACGCCACCGCGAAUGUCGUACAGUGAUAUUGAAAGAAUAACAAUGCAGCAAAGAGCUUCGAACGAGCAAUAUCUAAUGAACGCUAAACCGCUGGAGAAUAUGAAUAAAGUAGUAGCUGAUCAGCAAGAGAACCAUCAACAUCCACAUCAUCAACCGGAAAAGAAAGAGAUAUGCAGUCGAGUUUUGCCUCAACAAAUGUACGUUCCGACAAACCCUUAUCAGCUGUGGCAAGCGAACAAUUGGCCAUACAGAAGCAAUCAUCAAACAUUAUACGGUCAUUCUAACUGUUGCUCGUGUGAACAUCAUCAAAAUAUGCCGAGCAACGUAUGUCGUCCACUAAAGCCAACCUUUAAGUACGCCCAAUAUCCAUACAAUGUACGUUACAAUCCAUAUUUCCCGUACCCUGAGCCACAACAGAUUGUGUCCAAGGAGCACAAUCGAAGUCCAUUAAAUCGGACUGACGAUCAAAGAAUAUUGAUGGAUCCCGCAAACUUUUAUCAGCAAAACAGAAGACCCGUCGAAACAUCCAGUUUGCUGAAGAUGCGAAUGUACAAGGAAAUAAUCUGUCCUCAGAAGCGCAAUAACGGCCUCCAAGAUCCAGAAAAUAUUCAAAAGAUGUUGCAGGCACUGAAUGAUCCGACAAGCAAAAAGGGUCUCGAGUAUCUCGCCAACUUGACUAAGAAGAAGCCUAUCGUCAAACUGAAUGGUAUUCAGGAUUUCAACGAGAUUCCGGAAGACAUGCAACUGCGACCAGCUACAGAAACUCCCUCGCAAUCUCAUAAAAGGAUCUCGGCAAACGGUUUGGAGAACACCAGAAAUCCUAACAAUCCGUCGUCGCACAUCCUGCGACCUAAAAGGGCCGACGAACCUUUAAUGAUGGAGUAUCCGCGGCAAAGGCAAAAUGUGAGAAAUUAUUACAGCAUGCAGGCUGAAAAGGAAAACGGCACGGUGGCGACUUUGCAAAACCAAGGUGCGCAAUAUGGACCGAUUCCUUACAACCAACAGAACAUGCUCGUAGCGCAAGGAUGCCAUAACAUCAACAAUAUGAUCCUUCCAAACGGAGAGGGUGCUCCACAUCGGCAUUAUUAUCAGAUGCAAUGUUGUCACAACGGACAGAAUUUGCAAGGCGGCCAGGGCGACGUCGUCUGUACGCGACGGCCAGAUGCACCGGGCGCAAUGAAGAUCAAUCGCGCCGGCGGUGAUACCGAUGAGAAGUCGAACAUUGAAGAUGCGACGAAACGCACAAGCAGCGUACAAGCGGUGCAGGGAACGAAUGCUUACGGCCAGCCGGAAAUCCACGAGACAAGGACCAUCGGAGGUAUCACGUAUCUCGCCAGGAAACCCGAAUACGUCCUGAACAAUCACAUCGUUUCGCCGCACAAAAUCGCGAACGACCAAACGAGAAUAUGUUAGCGAAUGUGUCAGUUUUU